AUGUCAACAACAACCGCCCCCCACAAACUCUACUUUGGCUACGGCUCCAACCUCUGGCUGGACCAAAUGUCCCGCCGCUGCCCCUCCUCCCCUUACCUAGGGAUAGGACGUCUCCGCCAGCACAAAUGGUUCAUCAACUCGCGCGGCUACGCCAACAUCGCCCACGUCCCGACACCCUCGCCCCCUUCUGAAGUCUGGGGUUUGAUCUACGCCCUCACACCCGAAGACGAAGAGAUGCUGGACAUCAACGAGGGAGUCCCCUACGCCUAUGAGAAGAGUGAACUAACAAUCGAGAUUUGGGAACGGGAUGGGGACAAACAGGGAAAGGGGGAGGAGAGGGAGGCGUUAGUUUACAUUGACUUUGAGAGGGACAAGGGGGGGUUUAAACCGAGGGAGGAGUAUAUUGUUAGGAUGAACAGGGGGAUUGAUGAUGCGCUGAGGGAGGGGGUGCCGAGCAGUUAUGUGGAGGGGGUGUUGAGGGGGUAUAUCCCUGCCGAGGAGCAAGACGAAGAGGUUGAGAAGCUUGCUGAACGGCAGGCGGGUGGGUUUAAAGAUGAGAGCGGGGUUAUACCGGCGAGGGUGGCGGCUGAGGCGGUGGGGUCGGGGGUUGAUCUCGUCAGCAAUGUGAAAGGCGUUGGGGAGGUUUUGGAUGGGAAGGAAUAG